AUGAGAUAUGGGUCAGGGGGUUGGGGGGUUAAAAUAUUUGGACUAUACACAUGCGUUCUUGGAGGCUGGAGUGAGAUAUCGUGGUGUUGUUUGGGUGCAUCGUCGCCUAACUCACAAGCUUUUCCCGCGCUUCUUCACCGCAGCCACCCUCAACCCUCCUCAAUAUGCCAAACCCACAAUAGCGCCUCCCCCAAGCUCAAGCUAUGGGCAGCUCUAACACUAAACCCCUUCCUCUUAAGCGCAGCGCCGGCUGUGAUGUUUAUCUCGUCGCCUAGAGGGUCUGCGCCGUCAAAGGAAUGUCAGGCGCGUGAUGGCGGGGGAUAAUGCUAAGUUGGGAAGGGCAGGAGCGGGUUCGCUGGCGCGGCCUCUGGAUUUACAGACCGUUACAGGCAAUCAGGCUGAACCACGCCGACACCAUGUCUGUGUCGUGGGCCAAGAGUCUCGGGAAGGCUGUGAUCCAUGCUGGGGAAGCACUGGGACGACACCGAGGAAUGACAACUAGAAUCCCUAAAAAUACAAUUCCGAAGGAUUCAUUUGCACAUAGCACGGUAUCAGUUUGUCUAGCGACCGUCUAUCAAAGGACUUGGCAUACGGCAUGAUGCACACUCUGCGAAUCCUUCAAUAACUCAAAAAUCAAAGUAAUAUUUAAUUCCACCCCACCACCACCUACAACAUGUCAAACAUGGCCAGCGUCUCCCGUCCGCCGAGCGUACACGCGCCAUGGCGCAAAAGCUUCAUCGUCCCGCUCUUCACCAUCCAGCUCGGUUUCGCUGCGUUCGUCGCUAUCUGGCACCUCAUGUUUUACGGCUUCUCCAUCUACGAAGGCACCGACUCAGGCAUGAACUCCUACACCGAGCGCGUCUACGCCAGCGUCGGUAGCUUUGGGGUCAUCAGCACCUUCGUCAUCAUCUUGCACAUCGUUCUCUUCGCGCACUUCCGGCUCACGGCGUGGAUUUUCCUGCUCGGGAAUGCGGCGGUGACGGUGUUGAGUCUGAUCUCGCUGGUUAUUGGGAUUACGAGCGAGAAGCAGGCGUAUGGGUCGCAUGAUUAUCUUGUUGUUACGUUUCCGGCGGUGUUGUGUUUUAUCUCGUUGGGGAUGGGGGUGUAUGCGGUUGUUGUUUGGAGGAAGGUUAAUUCGGGGAUGACGGUGGAUAUGGUCAAGGCGAGGGGAGGGUUUGGUGGGGGUGGGAAGGGUGGGAAGGGUGGGAAGGGGGUUGAUGUCCAGGAGGAUGCUAAUGCGAUUCCUAUGGUUUAA